AUGGCAGGCCAGCAGCUGGACAGGGACUCUCCCUCUUCCGCACGCUGCGUUCCGAUUCACAACAGCUCCUUGCUCUCCAAGGAGCAUCCGAGAGGCGAGGGCAGCAUUCCUGGAGAAAGAUGUUCGGAGGAAAGGAUCCGAGCGAUCACCAAGACCAAGCCUCAUCUGAACUCCUUCUGCCCGCUCAAUGAACGAUGGAUCGAUGCGCUGUUGGAAGAAACAGCCCAUCUGCCAUCGGCGACCUUGCUGUCCAUUGGGUGCAAUAAGGGCGAGGACUUGAUCUACUGGAUGCAUUCCUGGUCGAGAAAUGACAAGUUCUGGGUGCCAAAGUACAGGACGUGCGAGCAGGAAGAGUUUCCAACUUACGUUCGUAGGAAGUGCGGACAGGCACGACAACGUCGGUUCCUGCAGGCAGGCAUGGCUGAGAGGAGCGUUCGUGGGGUAUGCGUUGAGCCGAUGCCGAACAACUUCAGGCUGCUACAGACAUGCAUGGGGAAGUUAGGUUUCCUCGGUGAAGUCAACCUUGUGAAUGUCGCCGUCUCGUCCUCAAUUGGGACCGAGCGUUUUCCGCAUGGGCAAGUUGGUGAAGAAACUUUGGGGCUUGAGGUACAUCCCGUAGAUGUGCCGACUGUUGCUAUGAAUGUGACUACCCUUGACUCUCUUGUCCGCCAACAAAACAUCUCUAGCAUCGAGUUCCUGUCCAUCGAUACGGAAGGCAACGACAUGCGAGCGGUACUUGGGGGCAUCAGAGCAUUGGGAGCGCAGAUGGUGAGGUACAUGGAGUUUGAGUACCACUAUGUCGGGCGAUGGAGACGGUCAGACCUGCAGGACCUGAUCGACUUGUUGGAUCAGAUGAACUACGAUUGCUUCUGGGCGCUCAACACCGGGGGAUUGAGCAGGCUGACGGGUUGCUGGCACGACAGCUACUACAGGGAGAAAGACUGGAGCAACGUCGCAUGCAUAAACCGCAAUCAGCGAGUCACCCAUCGCAAGAUGCAGAGGUUGGCUGGUUUCUGA